AGAUUCUAUGUCACAAAAAUCAUACGGAACCGUAGCUGUGUUCUUUCCUCUAAUGGUUAACGCCCCUUAAGAGCUUCCGGUGCCAACAACUCUAUCUCUUGAGAUAAAAAUUGAAUGUAAAAUACGUAACCCGAAAAAAAACAUGGCAUUUGGCUUAUAUUCUCUUAUCGAAGCAGCUAUCUUAUGCUUAAAUGCUGUGUGUAUUUUGCACGAGGAAAGAUUUUUAGCAAAAAUUGGCUGGGGAGCAGAGCAACAUAGUGGCUUUGGUGAGGCUCCUGGAGUGAAGUCACAAAUACUCAACUUGAUCAGAUCUAUAAGGACUGUAAUGAGAUUUCCACUUAUAGGCGUUAAUGUUGCAACAAUAAUUUUGAAACUUCUCUUUGGAUGACAAGAAAUGAAAACGGUGAUAAAAUCAUCAAAGACAUACAAAUCAAGAUUUAGGUAUUUCAUUCACUUUGUAGUAAAAAUGUAUCAAUUUGUUUAUAAAUUGACUUAUAGUAAACAGUGGGGUAUUAGUAAUAGACUGUCUGAUAGAAAACUUAAAAUUGUUGAAGAUGUCAAAGAAUUUAUGUGGAAGUCUAAUAUUCCUGUGUUGACUCUGCCAUGUAAAAAUAACAUUGGCCUAAUUUUUUGUGUAGGCUAAAAAUGUAAAUACUUGGAAAUGUCAAGUAAAUAUGUUCUUAUGUGUAUUACUGACUGAUUGAAAUUGCUUGAUGUCAUUUUGGAAAGGUUGCUUAUAUUAUGUGCCUUUUGUAGCUUGAAAUCUGUUAUGAAUAACUGCUUAGACUUUUGACUUCAUACACACCACUAAACUCACUCAUUGACUGCAUGUGUACAUGAAUGUUUAUUGUACGAUUCUUCUAUACACCAUGAGAUACCAUGUGAAAAAUGGAAAUAAAUUGGUAAAUAUCA